AUGCUGCGGGAGGAGCUGAGGCAGGCCGCCGGCUCGGCCGCCACCGACGGUGGGGAUCGCGAGGCCGUGAUUCUCGAUGGGGUGGCCUUGCCCGUGCCAGCGCUGGACACCAGUGCGAAGCGUUCGGCGCUACUGUACCAGGGCGGGAGGCUGCAGCGUCGAAAGAUGGCAGGCGCCAACGCGCCGGCGACUGAGGCGGAGCCGUUGCCCCUUGUACGCAGCAUUUGGCACAGCAAGUCGGGCUACAAGAACGUGACAUACAACGCGAGCGAGAAGGCGAAGAAGAAGCCUUGGCAGGCUAGGGCCGACGAUCACAAGUCGCUCGGCAUGUUUGCCACCGCGGAGGAGGCGGCAGCUCGCUACUCGCGCCACCUCGGCCCGGAGUUGGCCGCCUCUCUCGCCGCGGCGGUCGAGCGCGAAGCGACACCGAUGAGCAGCCAGGAGGCGCUUCGCCUCGCUGAAAGCGAGGGGCUGACGCUCGAAACCGCACCCCGCUCCGCGAGCAGCAAGGAUGGUGAGCGGUCUCAAGCGACGGCGUACAAGGGCGUGUUUGCCGUGCCCCAUGGGCGUCGCCGCUUCCUCGCGCGCUUCCAUUCGGGCGGGCGGACGCACACACUUGGAUGUUUUCACACCGCGGAGUUGGGCGCCCUGGAGAUUGCGAGGGCGAAGGCGAGACUGUAGCGGGAGGAAAGAGACAGCUCGAUGUCCAGAGAAGCGGGGGGAAGUCAACGAAUGACGAAAAUAGUGUAUAGUU